AUGGGUAUCAAGACCCUAACCGCCGCACUGGCGCUACCACUGCUGGCCUUGGCACAAAACGCGACGCUGUCAAGUCCUGGUGCACUUCCAACGAUCGAAGGCGGUGGACCUGUUGUAAGAUCCGACGGAAAAUAUGUGAUUCAGAGCGAGGGCAUCACGGCAUAUGCCAUUCCAUAUGCUGCGACGCUGUCAAACCUCUUCAUCAAGGACGUCCACAACGUUACUCGAGACAUUGUGCUUGGAAUCAAGAACGGCACUUUCACGAUUGAUGGCUACACUUACCACACGAACCUGAACGACAACAAUGGUCUUGACACCCUUCACGGCGGCAGCAAUGGCUGGGACUAUCGCAAUUGGACAGUUGUGGCCCAUACCACCGAUUCCAUCACGUUCAGCCUCGUGGACCCGGACAACAGCCUAGGGAUGGGAUUUCCAGGCGAAGUGAUUGCGUACAUCACCUACACCCUCACGCCGUACCAAUGGCAUCUUCGCAUGACAGCAUUGUCGACGACGAAGAAGACGCCGAUCAUGCUGAGCUCGCACACGUACUGGAAUCUGGAUGGCUUUCAGAAUCCCAGCACUCCGCUCGCUCUCAACUACAGUCUACAUCUACCUCAUGGUGGUUUGCGAACAGAGAUCGACAAUAUUGAAAUUCCUACUGGGAAUCUUCUGGGCAAUGAGCAGUACAGUGUCAAUGACUUCUGGUCUGCGCCAAAGCAGCUCGGCGCCAACGUCUCCUCGCCAGCACUGAAGGGUAACUGUGGCUACAAUUGUACUGGCUAUGACAACUGCUACAUCUUCAAUCGGGAUGCUUACGGACCAUACAAUUGGCAAGAGGCUCCAGUCGCGACCCUCGCCAGCCCAUACAGCGGAAUUCAGAUCGACAUCUUCACUGAUCAGGACGCCUUCCAGGUCUACACUUGCAACAACAUGAACGGCAGCUUUGCGCUGAAGGAGACGCAAGGCUUCUUCAACGACUCCUCCCGUCCGCGCGUGGUGAAUAAGUAUGGCUGUGUCGUCAUGGAGGUUGAGGACUGGAUCGACGGCAUUAACAACCCUCAGUGGGGCCGCAAUAAGAAGCAGAUCUUCGGUCCAGGCGAUGGGCCGUAUGUGCUUGAGGCGACAUACAACGUCUCGCUAAACCAUUCCUUGGCUGCGACCUACGACGGGCAAUGCGAAACACCUCCAGGCGCCAGGCCACAGGAGCGGAGACGGGCAUCACGCAUGCCCUCGCAAUCCGCCAACUAUGAGUCGCAGAUGUUCGAACGACAAGUAUACGAGCGUAUCCCUGAAGCUAUUCGAGCCUCAAACCGCCUGCAAGAUGCUUUAGGAUUGCGAAUGGGCAGGACAGUCACGAACUCUGAGCCUGGAGCCCCUCCAUGGCUACCAUUUGCAAAGUCAGAAGCUGCUGCACCUUCGGAUAUCGAGGCUUCAACAAUUACCGAUUGGCGUGGUCAUAUGUCGAAAACCAGUGUUGACAGCACAAUCGACGCCGAGCACGAGAUGAUCGAUGAAGUCCCCGAAGAUAUAACCGCUCAGCAGGGAAUCAUACCAGAGAUCGUAGUUCAUGCAGCUUCUCCUUGCCCUGAAGACAUCGACAUACGUCGACCCCUUGGCGACAGGAAACGGCAACUUUCGGAUGGAACAAUGCCAAAGAUGCAUACAGCUGCCAAGCGCCCGCGGGUCUUAGGCGCGCUGUUCGAAAUGGUGCCACGUACCCCCAAGCAGCCUUCUUCGAUUUUGUUCGCCGACAUCCCGCCGGCUUUGCCACCACCGAAGCACAAAGACCCUGGAGAAGGAUAUGCAAAAUAUCCGCUGCCGACCUACUGGCGUCCAGGACUAUCGCACAAACUGACAAUCUGGCUUCAACACCCGGCAACACACUCAGCGCAAAUCCCCCUCUUGAGCCUUAGACUGAACAUGAUCGCUUUAAGCGAAAAAGCGCAGAGCGACAAGCUCUACUUUCCAUCUGACAGCUAUGAUCGCCUUGACAGCUUCCGCAUACGACUUCCGAUGGCUUACGGUGUCCCACAUACCCAGGACUGGCUAGUCUUUGUCUGUGUUUCGGCUGGUCUAUCUGGGGAUGGCUUUGACUCUGACUUUGAAGAGGACGAGGACGAUGAUGAAGACGAGGAUGAACAGGCGUUGCCUUACUGGGUGAUGAUGGUUCAGAUGCACCAUGUUGUAGUCAUCUCUACAGAGCCAAUCGAGGAGGAGGAGAGCGAGGGUUUGGGAUCGCCAUUGUUGAGUGAAGGUGGGGAGGUCAGGAGAGACAAGAUCAAGACGAGGUUGCUGAUUGACCGAGUACCGUUGGUGCAUGGCCGUGGUGUCGAUCCGAGGUUCGCGGAGAAGUUCUUCAUAGCUUGUGGGUAUGGUUCGGGGAUGUUUGAUGUUGUGAGCGAAGGGCCGUUGCCAUUGGAUGAGCAGGGCGGCAUACUGAAGGCAACGCAAGGCUGUAAGGCCUCUGCUGACAUUUCGUGGCAGUAA